GGAGAGGGAAAAGCCAUCCUCCCUCCAUAGAUCCAACAGUAGGCAGGCAGGAUACGGAUGCAAGCUCUCCUCCCUCCCACUCUGUUGCAUCCAUCCAUUCUCUUCAUCCACCCAUUCAUUCCCAAGGGCGUCACAAGGGGUGACAAGACCCGACUGGAAGGUGCCUAUGUAUGCGUGUGUAUGCGUUAGUCCUCCGUGUAUGUCUAUGUAUGUGCGUAUCUGGUCUGCCUGUGGACCCGCUGAGAUGAGGAGUUGAAACAGAACCGACAGAAGGAUGAAAAUGCUCCGGUUUCGCAGCCCUAGCAUCCGCUCCUUGGACCAGGAGGUCCUCUGCACGAUCCGUUUACUGGACGACUCCGAGGUCUCCUGCAGCAUCCAGAGAGACACCAAAGGCCAGUUCCUGUUGGACCAUGUGUGUAACCACUACAACCUACUUGAGAAAGACUACUUUGGUAUUCGAUAUGUGGACCCCGAGAAACAGAGGCACUGGCUGGAGCCCAAUAAGCCUGUGGUGAGGCAGAUGAAGUCAGCUCAGCAGCCAUACACAAUGUGUUUCCGGGUCAAGUUUUAUCCCCACGAGCCUAUGAAAAUCAAAGAGGAGCUCACCAGGUAUCUCCUGUACCUCCAGUUGAAGAGAGAUAUCUACCAUGGUCGUCUCCUCUGUCCAUUUGCUGAAGCUGCAUAUCUGGGAGCCUGCGUCAUACAGGCUGAGCUCGGGGACUACGACCCAGAGGAGCACCCGUCAGACUACAUCAGAGACUUCAAGCUGUUCCCUAAACAGUCCCUCAAACUGGAGAGGAAGAUUAUGGAAAUACACAAGAACGAGCUCAGGGGCCAGUGUGCUGCAUUUGCAGAGUUGAACAUGCUCCAAAAGGCUCACAGCCUUGAGACGUAUGGAGUUGACCCCCACCCAUGCAAGGAUUUCACAGGCUCCACAGCCUUUCUCGGGUUCACAGCCACAGGGUUUGUGGUCUUCCAGGGAAACAAGAGAAUCCACCUCCUAAAAUGGGCUGAUGUUAGCAAGCUGAAGUUCGAAGGGAAAACAUUUUACGUCAUCGGGAUUCAGAAAGAGUCAUCACUGAAGAAGCUGGUGUUGACAUUUCACACAUCGACCCCUGCUGCGUGUAAACACUUAUGGAAGUGCGGGGUGGAGAACCAAGCCUUUUACAAGUGUGCCAAGUCAAGUCAGAUAAAGACAGUUUCCAGCAGUAACAUCUUCUUCAAAGGCAGCAGGUUCAGAUACAGCGGAAGAGUAGCCAAAGAGGUGAUAGAAGCCAGCUCUAAGAUUCAGAGAGAGCCACCAGAAGUGUGCAGAGCCCAGUUUGGUCAGAGUCAAAGUUUUAACUCUCUGAGCCAUAAAAACCUCAUCAUGAACAUGGAACCGCUGGUACCUGCACUGCCCUCCACCAACGAAUACGAAGAGACGGCCACAGACAAUGGUGUUGUUUCUGUGAAGGACUCUGUCCCCUUGUCUCCUUUGAAACCUUCAGCUGCACCUGCAGACACAGAGCAACAAAGUGAUGAAGGAAACUCUGCUUUAGGCAACAACAUGCAGCCUCCCCGUGUUUCCAUGGAAACCUCAAAUCUCCGACCUCAGACACCAAAACCUAAAGAUGAAGUGGAGGAAGACAACGAGGCCAGCAGCCCACUCACCAUUUCUGAGCUUGUCUACAGCCCUUGUGCCAGCAUGCUACCCACCCCAGUGGAUGACAGUCAGAGAGGCGUCGACUUGCUUUUCUCCUCUCCGGUCCAAAGCCCCGCCAGGCUGCUGAGGGAGCUCCAUGCCGACCCCGACAUCCAGGCCCAGCUGGAGGCAGAGAGGGAGCGAGACCGGGCCUACGAACGCACCCGACUGGCUGCGCGAAGUCGAAUGGGUGGAGUCCUGACCAGCAGCCUGCUCCGGCUGUCGUCCAAUGAGAGAGUCAACGCAUGUUUGCUGAGCGUGGCCCGCUUUGUUGCCGUGGUAAUGGGCGUCCUGCUUGUCACUGUGCCCACACUGCUGCUACUGCUGGAGUCAGACAUUGACGUGUCGUUCCUCCACGAGAUCCGCCAGACGCCAGAGUUUGAGCAGUUUCACUACGAGUAUUACUGUCCACUACGGCGCUGGAUCCUGUGUAGGAUCAGCAUGGCCAUGGAGAACCUGUGGUCAGACUGAGUAGGGGAAGGAGAGAGUGAGGAGUCACUGCAGGGGGGAAUAUGCCCAAAUGUCUGUCUUAACAUAUCAUUUAAUCUUAUAUUCAGUCUCAACAACUGGUGAGACAAAAGAACCAGUCUGCCAAUGGGAUGAAAUUAGUUCACUUGGAAAGCAGGUGCAAUGGAUCAAUGGAGGGCUCACACAAUAGCUGUAGGAGGCACUGUUAAAAAGAUGCCUGAGAUGGAAAUACUGUCUUUGUACAACAUUAUUUUUGAUUGAAUUAAUCUGAAACAAGUAGAUUAGUUUCACCUCUUUGGCAGCAUAAUUUUGUGUCUUGAAGAAAAAAGACAGAUAAGAGAGAAAUAAGAUUUUAAUAAUAGGAUCCAAUCACUUGUUAAGAUUUACACUUUUGGCAGGCAGUGAUGAACUGAAAAGAAAGAGAACAAUAAAUACUGUUAAGUGUUCGAGGAAGAACCUGUGGAAGGGAAAGAUCAUGAAAAUAAAAAAAAACGAGGGACAUUAUGAACAGAGAAAAAGUCACAAAAAGGUUCAGAAAAGAAAAAAGUUGUUGGUUUUAUUUUAAUAGACGUUUUAAAGGUCUGUUCACUCCUGAUGCUGACUAGCUGAUGCAAUGACUCUUUGGUAAACAUCGCAAACCAUUCUGAUUGGUUCUCGCCCUCAGAGUGGAGCACCUGAUUGGUCACAGAGCCUGUCAGUCAUGACGGAGUUGGUGGCGACAGAAGGAGAAAUGAUUGAUUUGUCACUGAACGCAACAAUAGCCACAGUCAGAGGUACAUUAUAUAUAUUUAAAAACAAGAGAGAAAUAUUGAUAGUAAAUACCAAUCUUAAAUAAGUUGUUUUUAACGUUUUGUACAUUUUUAUGUGAUCCAGAUCUUUCAGGAAUUUUUCAGUCAGAGGAUCUACUUUGAGUUUAUUUUGAAAUUAAGAGUUUACAAAAGAUUACAAAAAAAGCUAAUUUCUUGAAGUUUAUCGGGGCAAUGGGUGUUGAGAAAUUUAAGAUAUUUUUUAGGACUACUGUCAGCAUUUGUUGACUCAGUAGCACCCUGGGUUUUUCCUACAGAGGCUAUAGCACAAAUAUUUUACACAGACCACAAAUAACAACUGUUUCAGAUUAUGUGAUGUCAUUUUGGAAACAGAAGGGCAGCAGAGGAGAGAAACGUUGGUCUGUUUGUGAUGAUAAAACUUGUGUUUUGUUGAACUUCUAAAUAUCUUCUGAACUAAAUGUUAGCUCAUUAAUUAAGGCUACUAGUGCAUCGUUCAGUGUGUUUUAAAAGAGUUUUAACAGAAAACAUAUAAAGAAAUGCUUAAGGAAGAAGAGGUUACUUGUAGGUCUUUGUUUAAAAGCUACUGUGGUAACGGUGGGUAAAACCGUUAUUUUGGGUCAUUUGUUAAUCAAUGGUGUGCUACUUUUGGGAGAGCUCUGUAUAUGUUUCAGAGGGAUAUGAAGUGAUAGGAUGGUACACUUAAAAUGCCCAAAGGAACAGAUGUGUGUACUCCAACUACACUGCUGCUACGUGACACAUGAUGGGACAAGUGAUGCGUUUAAUGGUCUUAAUCUCUCAUACAGGUCUUUCUCUGGUUAGAUGUUGAUCAGACCGAACGAACGAACAUGGUACAGUAGGAGUACAGUCGCAGGUAUUUAUCUUCAGCCUUUUAGUAACUAAUUCAAACUAGAAAUGAUAUGUAGCCAUUUCUAAGAAUAUAUGUGGUAACAUCAUGUUGAGCAUCCUGUGUUUAUCAUUUAGAUGACUACAGCUGUUUGUAUAUGACAGUAUAUUCUCAUUUUAAUAUCAGUGACCAACAAGCCAGAGUUAUCAGUAAUUAUAUAGAUGGGGAAGGUGUUUAAAAGGGAAGUUUGAGAAAUGUGAUUGUUGGUCUAAGUAGAUAUAAAGCUGUGUUUAUGGACAUUCACUGCUCAUAUGGCUGGGGUUCCCCAAAAUGUCUUGAGCUGUGAAGUCAAAGAUAAAAAAUAACAAGGGUAAAACAGAGAGGCGAUGCAAAAAAAAAAUUUGGUACAGAAAAAUAGAACAAGGCAUUAACUGUAGGUUGUGUCUUAAUGCUGGGGGUUUAUUUGUUGCAAAUUGUGUUGGUCUUUGUAAUUCAGUAUAUGAUCUUGUGUACUUGGAAUCAUCAUUUGACUAAAGACUAAAUCAGUCUCCUGUAGCUCUGGUGAGAAGUCACUUUUGGGAACGUACAGCCAUCACCACGUGAUUGUUCAUCAUACAGACAGUGCCUGUCAGUUACAGUAGUGUGCAUGGAGAUGAGAACAGAGAGCUACAGCGAUGAUCAAAUUUUUUUUUAAAAGAAGUUCUGUUCAAAAUGUAGGUCGAUUUGGAUCAACUUCUCAGGAAAGGGCAUUAGCAGUUCAAAAAAACAAAUACAGUGUAUGUCUAAAACACCUGCAUCUAAUCACAGCAUACACCAUAUAGUCUAUCCAUUAAAGUAAUACAGUACAGUACAUGUCUUGCCAUAUGCUAUUGUAAUUAUCCAAACACUGUAUGUAUUUAUACUAAGUCUGUAACUAGACAUAAAUAUGGCUGUCUGUGUUGUUGUUGUAGCAUCAUUUCAAUCAAUUACAUAUGCAUCAAAAAAUAUUACCCAAAAAGUCUUUACUAUUGAGAGCUGCAGUUUGGCCAUCAUAGCUGAACCUCCAUACUGCUUUAUGGCAGAGCGGACAGUCAGUUGGUACGCUGCUAUCAAAGUAGGAGUAGCAACCUGGAGUUUAAAUCAGCCAAUCUCUCUAUCAAAGCUCUCACACACUAUUUAGGCUCCUAUUAAAAACUUAACUUAAUGCUUUAAAGUUAAUUUUCAGAAAUCACUCUCCAUACUCUUCUGCUGCUACAGAGGCCUCUGCAGUGCACCAUGAAAGCCCUCUCAUUAUAAUCGAUCAAACACUUCAAACACAAACACAAAUACUACAUUAUCAGCUGUGUUGUCAUAGAUCUCUGUAAACUUUAUGCCUCAACAAGCUUUAUGCAUAUAGAAAAUAUGCAGUAACAACAAAAACAUGUUUAUUUGGGACAAAGCAUUUAUUUUCCUACUACAGCACAUGCACUGAGUUUCAAUGCUGAAACCAAGCGAAGGGCCAAACCACUAUGAUGACGACAUUUGCAUUUAACAUCACAGACUCUGAGCUUCACUGUAGUGGAUGAAGCUGAUCUGUAUGCACUGCUAAAUGAUCACCAUCAUCCCAUUAUAACUUACAGAGGGGGAUAUCAUCAUGAUCAUCCUGUCUUGUUCAUGUUUAACUGUUGCUCCUCUGGUAUGCACAUGCACCAAAAUGCUCAAGUGAUUCAUUGUAGAUUUAAAAUAGAAGUUUCUCUGUAUAGGCUUCAUGUACUCAGCUGCACCAACAUAGUUUGUCCCCGGCUUUGGUCCUUUAUUUCUGUGCUCCAUCCCCCUCUAACUAACCCGGGGUAUCUCUCACUCUGACCUCUCAAUGCAAAUUGCAUGCCCUCAUCUGUAAAUACUGUGUCUAUAGUUGUGGCAAAAAAAAAAAAUCUUUCUUUCUUUCCUCUGCGUGUCUUGUCCAUAUAAAGUAAUCUAAAAUUAAGCCUUGGCUGUCUUGACCAUCUUAGAUGAAUGCAUGUUCUCUGUGUUUUUACCAAGAAGAAGAAGAGGAAAUAGAGUAAUAAAUAGAGUUUCUCUAAAUCAAAACUAGACAUUGGUCAUCAGUUUUGUGACCACAGCUAAAAGCCAAACUAUGUGCUUUGGGCUUCAUUUUAACUAUUGACUUGACAAGACUGAAUACAUGUGGUUGCUAACUCUGUUAGCUUCCUUUUAGCUGAUCUAAAAAAAAAAAAAAGAUUUCUUGAUGGUUGCUUGGAAACUAUUAUUUUACAAUCUCUUGAAGAGCAGCUUUAACAUUUUUGACUAUUUAGCUUCAUUGUGCUUUUGCUGUGCAUGUGUAAAUCAUUAAAGCCAGACGCUAAAUGCUAACACCAUAACCUCAUUGCUAACGGAGAAUGCUAUUAACUGAAUCGAUUAAAUUCAGAAACAUUAAUUGCUUUUAAGAUGUUUAAAAACAAACUGUACCAAGUGAAUGGAGACACCUCAACUCAUUGCAAACAACAAAAGGCCUUUCGGUUCUGUGAUUAAAAACAGAUCUUUGGCCCCAUAUGACACUGUAGCAUUUUAUUAGUUUGUAGCUCAUUCAUCAGUUUAGCCUAUGGCUUUAAAGGGGAAUUUCACCCCUUUGAGAUUUAGCUCUUGUUUUGAGCCACUGAAUCUGACUUCCUGUGUUUUACAGCAUAUAGAUGGACCAAGAGUACAACUUUUGUUUUUGUUGUUACAUAAAACUGUGAUUAAACAUCAUCAAGAUCACACACCAGUUGAUGUCAUAUCUGAGGUAUUAUUACUAAGUUCUUGACAUGAGUCAAGUAUUUACAAACCUUAAAUUGAAUUACCUGCCUUUAAUUAUCAGUCAAAGUAACAUCCAAAAUUCAAAGCUGUUUAAACCUAAUACACAAAUACUGCUUUUAAUUAAUUUAUUUAAGAUUUUAAAUAUUUGAACUCAGGUCUACUAUAUGCAAAACUAUUGGACAUCACAUGGGAUAAAAGAAAAAUAAGCUGUUGUUUAUAGUAUUUCAGUGUUGUGUGGGCAUGUACAGUAGCAGAUCCUCUUGCACGGUCACUUUGUUGUUUUUGAUUGUUAGUCAAACUGAUUUGUUGUUUUAUUGGUUAGUCAGAUUGUUUUUUGUUUACUUUUUUGUCAUUCAGUCUCCUUUAAUAAGAAACUCUGGGAGAUAUAAUUUAAGAAUAAUCAGAAUUGUUUUUUUUUUUUAAAUCUCUAAGUAAUGACCCCCUCUCUUCUGGGACAACCAAGCCUUUGUGAAGUGAAAAUUUUGAAUGUUUGUAUGUUAUAAAAGAAAACAUGGAUUGUUUUAUAUGUUAAUACUGCCACAAUAAAGCUCCCUAAUGAAUAUAUAUU